UAAUUUCCAUACUAUGCAGCAGCAGCAGCGGAUGAGACCGUUUGGCUGAAGAUGGCGGAUUCGCUGUCGUCAGGUCUGGGAGAGGAGCAGGAGAAUGAGAAUGAAGACAGGGAGCGGGACGGGAAGGCUGCCAAAACAGAGAAAAACAAGGAGAAAGACAGAGUCACGGACACCCUGCGGUCCAACGAUAAAAACGGAGGCAACAAUGGCAAGAAACGCAACCUGUCAGACCUGUCUCUGGUCAGAUUUAUAACUACUGAGCUAACCAGAGGCUACUUCCUGGAACACAAUGAGGCCAAAUACACCGAGCGCAGAGAGAGGGUCUACACCUGCCUCCGCAUCCCCAAGGAGCUGGAAAAGUUGAUGACAUUCGGCUUCUUCCUCUGUCUGGAUGCCUUCCUCUAUGUGUUCACCCUGCUGCCCCUCAGGGUGAUUCUGGCUCUUUUACGGCUCCUCACGUUGCCUUGCUGUGGCCUUGGUGGCGCCCGCCUGCUCCAGCCGGCCCAGGUGUGUGAUGUGCUGAAAGGCUUCAUCAUGGUAUUGUGUUACUCCAUGAUGAGCUACGUGGAUUACUCCAUGAUGUACCACCUCAUCAGAGGACAGUCUGUCAUCAAGCUGUACAUCAUAUACAACAUGUUAGAGGUACACCAUGAUAAUAUUGCAAUUAUAAUAAUAGCUUAG